AUGUUUAAGAACUUUCCCUUUUCUGGCUGGUUCAGAGACGGAAACCGCUCGCCACCUUCCCCACCGCAAGACGUUCCUUCGUCCUUCACCGUGCCCGGAAGAGAGGCCUCGCAGUUGUACAAGGUGUCCAUGAACGAGGCCUCGGAGGACUUUGUGGACAUUGACUGCCGCAAGAUGUCCUACGCCGAGGUGGCGCAAAUGUCCAAGAACAAAAACAAGGCGCCAGCGCCGGAGGCGGCGCGGGCAAAACCAAAGGAGCACCGUGUCUGCUCCAACCAGUACGAGGUUUUGGCCGACGACGAGCCCUUGACCGAGUCGGUGUACGUGGACACGGAAAAGACCAAGCUGAACAACUACUUUUUGAAGAACAAGGUGUACAAAGAGGCGGACCGGACCAAGGGCCAGAAAAAGCUCGCCAAGAGAGCACGCAGCUAG